UAUAAAUCGCCGCGACGUCCUGUCACUCGCACAUGAAAACCUCCAUACUGCACAUAAUGCGACGCUACGGCAACUAUCGAACCUGGAGGUGGAGAACCGCCAGAUCCACGACAAAAAUCGGGAACUAGUGCGUCAGCUAUUGGAACUGACCGGUCCGGAUGGUUCGUGGAGGGACCAACUGGAAGAUCGGGAUCUCCGGGCGCAACUGGACGCGCUAGAUGCGGAGCAGCAGAAGUGCCAAGCGCGUUGGGAAGUCAUAAAGAACGUUGCUAGCGCCAUUGUGGUUGGCAGUGGCGUAAACUGGGCAGAUGAUGACAAGCUCAAUGCACUUGUGCUUGAUGAAUCCGAUGAUUGAUUUAUUCAUCUGUUUAUUUUGUGUCGUCGAUUGUUGGCUAAUCGAUGUUCAGCUGUACGUAAGACUUUGGAGAAUUAAUUGUCACUCCAUUCUAUGUACAUUUUUACACUGCAUAUAAGUACAUACGGGAGUGUGAUCCGGAUUUGCUGGAACAUACCCAAAACUACACAACCGAUGGCUGCCUGGAGCAAUGACGAUAAUACUUGGAUUAUCCAUAUGUCAGAUUGCUGCCUUCAUUCCCUUCUACAUCUCCUAUUCUCGUCAACAACUCUCCCAGUCUACCUUGCGCAGUUAUCAAAAAUGGCGAAUUCGAAUACAGAUAGUGAAUACGGACCAGAUAUCUUCCCAGACCCUGUCAAGCUCCAAAUAGAAGGAUAUACCAAAGGGAGAUGCUGGGUGUGCGGAUCAUAUUACGCAGAAGCAUGUCAUGUCAUCGGGCAAUACAAGCCCAGCUAUAUGUCUACUGCGAACGGCAUCACUCUGUGCCAGUUUUGUCAUUUUCAAUAUGAUAAAGCCGAUCCAGGUCUCGUACUUUUGCCCGAAGAUUUGGACUAUUUUAUUCAGUUCGAGCUGAACGAGAGGGGGAAGAAAGGCAGACAAUCCCGUGUGGUCCCUACGGCCGAAGAUUAUAAAGACUAUCAAAUCUCGCAGGGCAAGGUUUCUGCAAAGGAUAUAGGGGGCCUAUACAGACCUGUCUUCUUGGAGGACUACGCACUGGGCGGGCAACUGACAGAUGACUAUGUGGAAAUGCUCUCUGAACCGCGUCCCUGGCACGGGGACCCAAUGGGUGCCAUAUGUCGGAGUAUCCUUGUGCUGGGUGGUCCUCGAGAAUGUGUUGUGGAGGAGGAGGAGGAGGAGGAGGAAGAGGAGACGCGAGUUCAGCUGGAAACCCUCAAGCAUUUGUACUUUUUCGACCAUGGGUUGCGUGAAAAGAGCCUCUCCAACACCCAAUGCGAUGACCAAUACAAGAGGCCAUGGUCGCACGAAGACGAUGAUGAUCAUGGCGAGCAAAAGAAACUGAAGAGUGACAAAUGGGAGGAGGAUUCAGAUAGAACGCUACAGGCCAGUCCUCGGCCUUGUGACAGUCAAUGGUCAUUGGGGCCAGAAUCUACCUCAGAACAGGCCAUACGACGGUUUGCAUCUGACAAAGCUGACCACAGUGCGUCUAAAUGAGAACAAUCAUGGUUGCUAAAUAAAAAUGAACUUGCUGUAUUUAUUACUCCUACAUAGUAGUAGUAGUAGUAGUCCUACAGAAGUCAAACAGUUCGCCG